GGUCAGAAGCAGGAAGUGGAGGCCAGUGGGGAGAGCGAGGCCCAGCAGAUAGGAGGAUCAAAGGGAGUGCAUCUGAGUCCUUAUGGACGGAAGAAUGAUGAGAAGCAUGAGGCUGAAGGAGGAGGGGUCGCCGGGAGAAAGCAGCCCAGUGUCCUGCCUCUGCGGCUCUGCCCCCUGCAUUCUGUGCAGCUGCUGUCCCUCCAGUCCUAACUCCACUGUGACCCGCCUCAUCUUCACGGCCUUCCUCUUCCUGGGGGUGCUGGUGUCCAUCAUCAUGCUGAGCCCUGGUGUGGAGAGUCAGCUCUACAAGCUGCCGUGGGUGUGUGAGGAGGGGGCCGGGACCCCCGUCGUCCUGCAGGGCCACAUCGACUGUGGCUCCCUGCUCGGCCACCGCGCCGUCUACCGCAUGUGCUUUGCGACGGCAGCCUUUUUCUUCCUCUUCACCCUGCUCAUGCUCUGCGUGCGCAGCAGCCGGGACCCCAGGGCUGCCAUCCAGAACGGAUUUUGGUUCUUUAAGUUCCUGGUCCUCGUGGGCAUCACCGUGGGCGCAUUCUACAUCCCUGACGGCUCCUUCUCCAACGUCUGGUUCUACUGUGGUGUCGUGGGCUCCUUCCUCUUCAUCCUCAUCCAGCUGGUGCUGUUCAUCGACUUCGCGCACUCCUGGAACCAGAGGUGGCUGGGCAAGGCCGAGGAACGUGACUCCCGGGCCUGGUAUGCAGGCCUCUUCUUCUUCACCCUCCUCUUCUACACGCUGUCCAUUGCGGCCGUGACGCUAUUGUUCAUCUACUAUACCCACCCCGGCCCCUGCUACGAAGGCAAGGUCUUCAUCGGCCUCAACCUCACUCUCUGUGUCUGCGUCUCCAUUGUCGCCGUCCUGCCCAAGGUCCAGGACGCCCAGCCCAACUCGGGUCUGCUGCAGGCCUCCGUCAUCACGCUCUACACCACAUUUGUCACCUGGUUGGCCCUGUCCAGUGUCCCUGACCAGAAAUGCAACCCUCACCUGCUGACCCACUUGAGCAACGGGACGAUCCUGGCAGGCCCCGAGGGCUACGAGACUCACUGGUGGGAUGCACCGAGCAUCGUGGGGCUCAUCAUCUUUAUCCUGUGCACCGUGUUCAUCAGUCUGCGCUCCUCGGACCACCGGCAGGUUAACAACCUGAUGCAGACAGAGGAGUGCCCGUCCGCGCUGGAGGCCACACAGCAGCAGCAGGUGGCGCCCUGCGGGGGCCGGGCCUUCGACAAUGAGCACGAUGGCGUCACCUACAGCUACUCUUUCUUCCACUUCUGCCUGGUGCUCGCGUCCCUGCACAUAAUGAUGACGCUCACCAACUGGUACAGACCCGGCGAGGCCCGGAAGAUGAUCAGCACGUGGACGGCCGUGUGGGUGAAGAUCUGUGCCAGCUGGGCGGGGUUGCUCCUCUACCUGUGGACCCUGGUGGCCCCCCUCCUCCUGCCGAACCGAGACUUCAGCUGAGGCGGCCCCCUGCAGCCAGCCCGCUCGGAGUCUCCAGGCUCAGUGAGUCUGCCACGCUGAGCCCCUACCCCUACCCACCUCCAGGACUCGCCUCUGAGCUGGGCCCCCUGUUCUUAGUGCCUUCAGGGAUGAGAUCCAGACCAGAGCUGCCUCUUCCUUACCUUUGUCCCCUGUCACCUGUACUUCCCCUCUUGGGAAAAAAAGGGCCCCUUAUGCUCAGGCUCCCCAGGAGAGGGUCCUGAAGGAGAGAACCACUCAGAGCCACUCGGAGAGUGGGAGCACUCCCCACAAUGGGGUGCCCAGCACUGAGGCCUGGAUAUUCCUGACCACGUCCCCCAGGGCACCCCGCCCCCUUCCCGGACUCCGUGCCUUACCGAGUCUCCAAGACUUUAUGCAAUAAACAAGCCAGUGCACGUGCCUCCCCAUGUUCUGUGCCCCUCACCCUGGGUGCGGCCCCCAUGCCAUCUGGGGCCAGUGUGGGGGUGGACACAGAAUGUCAGAGCUGAGGGGGUCAGAGGAGGGACCUGGGCUCUGUUCUGUAGGUCGUGAGGAGCCUUGGGGUGGAAGCGGGGCAGGCUACUGGAGAAGGAGAGGCUUUGGAAAAAGGAAGUCGGGGCCAGGAAAGGGCCUGGAACAGUGUCUGCACGAGGGGUGGUGAGGCCAGAGUCAGGCUGGAGAGGGGAGUUUGUGCAGGGCGGCUGAGGAGGCCAUCUUUGGUGUCCUACCAGUGCCAGCCCUGAGCCCCUGCCCACCUCUGGCCUGCCUCCAGGGUCCUACUCCUUCCUGCUGUAGUCGUAGUCCUUGCCACCUGCUUUGGGUCAGGUACCUUAGGGAACGCGGAGAAGAAUCUGACCCAUCACCCAGACUCAGUGUGCUGUGGAGAAGAGCGUGCACUUGAGUCAGCCAAGCUGGCUCGGACCCAGUGAAUCUUGGAAGCCGUGGGGCUUCUGUGGGACUCCAGGCAAGUCUUUCCCCUCUGGGCCCUGGCUCUUCAUCCAUCAGCCGGGAAAACGCCGCCCACUCCCAAGCUGUUGGGAGGCACGGAUGAAGCAGCCUCCGUGACGUGCCUGGCAGGUGCUCAAAGAGUACGAUCAGUUCCCAUCUCUGAAGGUGCACGGUGAUGCAGGGAGGGAGAGGCGCUACAGACAGGCUCCUGGUUCGGCCCCAGGGCCUGGUGUGAGCCGACGACUGACCGUAGGCCAGGCAUCACUUCCAUGUGUGGGUGUGACAGAUCAGCAUGGACGUGACUGGGUUUGCCGGGUGCUGGGGGUGCAGUGGCCAGGGACACGUCUUCCAGGGAGCUCCUGGAUCGUGGGGGGGGGGUGCAGGGGUGGAGGCAGCACAGGUGCACAGGGGUACACUGCGGGGACACCUGACACGGGCCAGGAGUCAGGCCAGACAUCCUGAAGAAUGCGUGGAAGCCAGCCAGGUCAAGAGGAAUGGGAGAAGGCAGAGGGGACAUCAUGUGAGCAAGAGAGAAAGUGGGGGAGGGAGCCUGGGUGGUUCAGUAGCUUGAGCAUCAGGCUCUUGAUUUUGGCUCAGGUCAUGAUCCCAGGGUCAUGAGAUAGAGCCUGCUUGGGAUUCCCUCUGUCUGUCUGUCUGUCUGUCUGUCUGUCUCUCUUCCUCUGCCUCUCCCCUGACCGCGCAUGCUCUCAAUCUCUCUAAAACAAAAAAUAAAUAAGUGAAAAAUUCUUAGAGAGAGAGAGGGAGAGAGGCGUUCCAGGAUAAUGAGGAGUGCGGGGUGGCUGGUGUGCAGGGCAUGGGGGUGGGGGGCGGUCAGGAGUCGGUGUGAGCUGGGAGAGAUGGGCUGGGCCGGGAUCAUACAGGCCCUUGGGGGCCGUUGUUGAAGAGAUCAGAUGUUAUCUUCAGUGCAGAGGGGAACCAUGGAGGGUUUUGGAGCAGGGUAGGAGCGGUGAAGGUGGGAGGCAAUCACGGGGAAGCCCCAGAAGGCUUUGAGCUGAGCAGUGACAUGGACGGGUUGUUAUCUUAGAAGGAUUCCCCUGGAUGAAAUGGAGGGUGUGGUAGCUGGGACAGGUGCCAGGGCCCGGGAAAGAAGGCAGGGGGUGGGGGUGUGGUCUGGAGCGGGGCCCAGGAAGCCUUCUCUCAACCCUGGGACAGACCCCGGGGAUGCUGUUGGCCCUGGGUGCCUUUCAGCCCAAGGAAACCCUCUCCAUGAGGCAGCCUGUUCCUUCCCCCACCCACCCCACCCAACA